CUUCAGAUAUCAAUAGCAGUAGGCCGUUUAGUAGAAGUUAACUGGCGAUAUCAGUCGCUAGAGUGGGGCUGUACAUCGCUUACGCAUGUCACUAUAUGAGGGCUGGGUACUCUCUUGUUAGAAUUUGCGUUUGACUUAUAGCGGGACACUUGAUUCUUGAUUCGUUAAGCAGCUAUAUCUAGUAUUCCCAGGUGAUAUAAUUGCCAAUGUCAUCAUCCACCAUAUCACCACCGUACUUCUCCAUUAACUACUACCAUAGCCCUGUAUUGAUUUUUUUUUUUUUUUGACUUUGCUCGCUAGCUGAAUAUCACAUCCCCAACAUGGGAUAUAUUUCUUUCAUUUUUCUGCUCAUAGCCAUCUCAUGCGUUGCCAUGAAGCCGUAUCCUCUCGGAAUCAAUUUUGGCCCAAAUCACAUUACCGCUGCCUAUAUUACGGCAGCCAACCAACCAGUCGUGGCAGCCAGGCUUGCGGUAGAUGACGAGUAUCGCGCCUUGAUCGCCGACUCAAUUGAAAAUGAAGGAAAGAAAGUACAGCGUCAGGGGCAAUGGUAUCUUAGCGAUGGUGACUCGCUCAUUCCAACCUCACCUGAUCCAGACCAUAACCCGAAACUUGAAUCAAUUUUCGCCAAGUGGAUGGACAGAAUCCAUAACACGGUCAAUACCAAUGCAAGCAUUCCCAAUAUUAUCACAUCUAUAAGCAUUCCUCAACACUUCAAUGGAUCGUUGUACAGCGCAGUGGGAAACGCAGCUUUGAAGAACGAAGAAGGAAUGAUUCGUCCAUGGCAAACCCGACAUUAUUAUAAUGCCGCCCGCCUGGCUUACCAUCUAAAUUCUUGUCAGGGGCUUGGCCUAGAUUCUAGGACAUGUCACAUUGAAGAUGGUCCCCAUCUAGUCCUCUUUCUGGACUAUAAUGAAUCCUACUUGGAAUUCUUUCUCGCGGAUGUGGGAGAGUUUACCUUUAUCAACGUAGCUAAGAAAAGGAUGGAACAUCUAAAAACGAGCACAUUUGAUGCCUCAAAUGCUGAUGGCUUACGGAAUGAGCUCUUAUCCUUCAUUGAUCGCAACUUACGUUACGAUGUCCGAGAUGAUCUUCGUGCCAUAGUUUUCAGCGGUGAUGCAGCCAAGUCAAGAUUUCAAGAGCUUCGCAAUGAAAUCAUCCGAGCCAUGCCUGAGCAUGCAACACGAAUCCGCGAUUCGAUCGAUCCUGCUCUCGUGGGGGCUAUCGGGGCAGCCGAGUGGGCAAAACUGCAGGUUCAAAAUCCAAAGAUAUUAAAAGACAUUGAGGUGGAUACUACGAUUCCGAACAAUCCAGUUCAUGAUGAAUUAUGAUGGUUGUGUAAAUAAAAGACUUUGAUCGAGUUAGCCCUAGCCCUACCAAACAAGGUUCCAUAUCCAGCAUAAGUUGAUGGCCUCGUUGCCUGGGGUGGCUCCGGACUUUCCGUCUAUGCGGCUCCACCUCCGCACUUCCCCAUCUUAUUCUCUCUUCCCCAUCAAUUGCC